AUGGAUCAAAACUCUGGUAACAAUGAUCCGGAGAGUUCUAGUUCUGUAAAUGUUGCAGUCCGUGUUCGUCCCCUGAAUGCUACGGAAAGAAUUAAUUCGCCCCAAAUUUGUAUUACUUGUGAUCAUGACCGUAAUACCAUAAUAAUGGGCAAAGAUCGUGAAUUUGUAUUUGAUAGAAUUUUUGGGAUGGAUUCAAAACAAAUAGAAGUAUUUAGCUCAUGUGCAAAAGAUUUAGUUCUUUCUUGCUUUGAAGGCUAUAAUGCAACAAUAUUGGCUUAUGGGCAAACUGGAAGCGGGAAAACUCAUACUAUGGGAACUGGCCAAAGCCAUAAUAUGCUAGAAGAGGAGCUUGGGAUCAUCCCUAGAGUUAUCCAUCAGAUAUUUGAAGAAGUCGAUGUCAGAAAAACAAAGGUAGAAUUUGUAAUAAAAGUGAGCUUCUUAGAAAUUUAUAAUGAAGAGAUACAUGACUUAUUAGGUGCUAAUAGUAUGGUUCCUGAAAAAACUGUCUCUAUAAGAGAAGAUAAAGGAAGUAUUAUCUUGACAGGACUUCAUGAAGAAACUGUCACAAAUUUCGAUGAAAUGAUUACAUGCUUAAAUCAAGGAAGCAUGCAAAGAUGCACUUCAAGUACACUCAUGAAUGCUCAAAGCAGCAGAUCACAUGCUAUUUUUACAAUAAAUAUUGAGCAAACUGGAAUUUCUGACUUCCCCAUCUAUGAGCGACACAAAAAUUUUUUUUUUCGAUCAUGAGAGAGAUUAAUUUUUGUAUUAAAAAUUUAUCUAUAAAUUAUAUAGUAAUUUUUUUCGGAAUUUAAAAAAAAUCAAUUCGUAAAAAUUGGAAAGCAAAAUAUUAUUUAAAUUGUAAAAUUCAUGUUUUAAAAUGCAAGCUGUUUAAAAUUAUAGAGAUUUCAUUAUGCUAAUUGUCACUUAUAUAUCAAAUUUUUUUCAUAAAAAUUUUUUGUUCGCUCAUAGGGUUUUUAAAGCAAAAAUAGGGAUUUUUCCAAUGGUUUUGCUCACUUAAGGAGGGGGAGUGAGGAAAAUGCUGACGAGGGUAGUGAUGAAGACCAUAAAUGCGCCAAAUUCCAUUUUGUGGAUCUCGCAGGCAGUGAAAGAGCCAAAAGAACUGGGGCUGUAGGCGCAACAUUAAAGGAAGGUAUUAAUAUCAAUAAAGGACUAUUAUGUCUUGGGAAUGUUAUCAGCGCUUUAACUGAAGAAAGCAAAAAGAAUAAGCAUAUUCCGAGGUGCACUCCCUAUGGAGCAGGUAGGGCCGAUCAUGAUGAAACUGAAAGCAGGGCCUCUGUCCCUUUUGAAGUAGGCCUUCAGAGGGAAGUUUUAUUUCUACCCCAAAGGAUUUCCUUGUCCCUGCCAUAUGAGCUAGACAGGUUUUGCCUCUCACAUAGACUUCAUCAAUUGGGACUAUCGGGCACACUACAGAGGGUGGCCCUAACCUAGGGAGCUAAUCCUCAGGUUAAGCGAGACUCGCCAGAAAAUUCAAGAUGGCGGAAUUUUGGUUUGGCUCACACCAUUUGCACUCAGAUUAUAUGCGUCCAGCCUAAGCCGCCUUUCAUGGAGUCAGUAAUCCAGCUAGUGGGAUGCCCACUUAUUGCCGUGUAAAAUCUUAAUAUUUAAACUUAUAUUAUAGAGAUUCUAAAUUAACUAGGAUCCUCCAAGACUCACUUGGAGGAAAUGCAAAAACCUUCAUGAUCGCUUGUAUUUCGCCAGCCGAAAUAAACUUCGAUGAAACAUUAAACACAUUAAAAUACGCAAGCCGAGCAAGGCAUAUCAAAAAUAAGCCAGUUGUCAAUAGAGACCCUCAGUCUGCACUUAUAGCACAGCUUAAGCAAGAGCUUUUAUCUGCAAAACAAGAAAUUAAAAAUUACCAAAGGCUUUUGAGUCUAAACGAUAACGAAGAAAUUAAGAAAGAACUAAUGAGUAUGAAAUCAGGGAAUUUCCAAGAAAAUAAUGAUGAUGAAAGAAAGAUCAAGCUGAAAUGCGAAGAAUUAGAAAGAAAGGUAAAACAAUUAACAAAUGAAUUGGAAAACGCAAAAUCUUCAACAAAUAGCAAUAUUAUAGAAAUUAUGCAAUAUAAAAAGGAAAGGGACAUUUACAAAUUUCGAUUGGAAAACUAUACUGAAAUAUUAAGGAAAAACCAGAUAGAAAUUCCAGAAGAAACAGGUCUUCCAACUUUGCUUGAAGAAUACUCAUUGGAAAUUGAAAACUUAAGAACUGCAAUAAACGAAAAGGACAGGAGAUUAAGGGACCUGAGGAUAGAGUUCGAUACUUUAACAAAGCAAUACGAAAAAGAUGAAGAGCUACUUGCUGUUAAAACUGAAGAGUUAGAAAAAUUAAGAAGACAGAAAGGAACUGUUCCAAUAGUUAUAGAAAAUGUAGAAGAGCUUAUGAUGAAAAACGUUGAUAAUUAUGGAAAGCUCUUUGCGGAAUCACUUUUUGCAAAGCUAGAUAACCCAGAUACUCCAUCCACAGCAAAUGAAGAAAUCAUAGAAGGAGAGAAUACUGAAAAUGCUGAAAGCCCUGAGCCUGGAAAUGAAGUCGAGCAUGAAGAAUUGUUGCAAGUUGACAAAAGUCUCAAAGAGAAAGAAGAAAUGCUUAAAAGCAUUGAAGAUGUAUUUCGUUCACUACAAGGAAAACUCGUCAGCGAAAUGUCCCAGCAAUAUUAUAUGAAAAUCGAAGAGUUAGAAGGCGAGCUUCAAACAACCCAAAAUGAAAGAGCCAGAGUUUCAGAAAAAAUGAAAAAUGCAUCUGCGUUAGACAGGCAAAACGCUGAAGAGAAAUUCAAACUAAAAAUAGAAGAGCUUGAAGAAAAGCUAACUCCCCCUCAGUGAGUGAACAAAAAUUUUUUUUAAUAGAAAAAUUUUUUAUGGAAAAAAAAUUUGAUAUAUAAGUGAUAAUUAGUAUAAUGAAAUUUAGAGCUAAUUCUGUUUAAUUUUAAACAAAUUGCGUUUUAAAACAUAAAUUUUCUAAAUUAAAUUAAUAUUUGCUUUCCAAUUUUUGCGAAUUAGGAUUUUUUUAAAUUUCAAAAAAAAAUAUUUUCUAUAAACUUUUUAUAAUGUUUUUUAAAAAUAAUAAAUUAACCCCCCGUGAGUGAACAAAAUUUUUUUGUUCACUCACGGAAGGGGGGGGAGUAAGAGAAAACCGUUCAAAAGAGAAAGAGCAAGCUUCGUUAUCAAAAGUUGUAGAAACACAAAAAAAGGAAUUAACAAAACUUGCUGAUGAAAUCACAAAAGCAAAGCAACAAAGAGUCUCUUUAUUAAGGAAAAUUAAGGAGGACUCAGAAGCUCAUCAAAAGUGGAAAACAAGCCGACAAAAAGAACUUUUACAGCUAAAGAGGAUUAACUUAAAAAAAGACCAAGAGAUUCUCAAGCUUCAGAGUGAUAAUAGAAAAAAAGAAAUUGUGGCGAAAAGAAAAAGUGAAGAACUUUCAGCGCUACAAAAAAGGCAAAGAGAAAUUGCUUUAAGAAGAAAAAACACCCAUUUUAAGGAGGAUAAAGAAACUUUGAUAAAUUGGGUUGCUGAGUUUGCCGAUGCUUGUGUAGAAGAAAGAGAGCUUAGGGCUGAAUUGCAGGCUGAUAGCACUGAAAAAGAGAAAAUAGAAGAAGAAAUAAAAAAUUUAAACCGGCAAUAUGCUUUAACAAAGCUUAAAAUUGAAAAACUUGAAAUGAUUAUUGAAGAUCCUGAUUCAGCGAAUGAUGAAUUAGAUUUGCAAUACCAAAUCCAAGAGAGUAAAAGCGAUUUAAAUGAUUUUGGAGAACAACUCGAAAACCUCGAAGUAAAAUUAAGAUUCAAACAAGAAAAAAUUUUAGGAAUAUCAGAGAAACUUGCAAAUUCUGAAGUCGAAGCAAUUAAAUCACGGUCCCUUACACUUCACUCAAUAGAAGACGCAAACUAUUUAAUUGAAGCUCUAUUUGAUGAUAUUAUAAACAAAGCCUCACAAGCUAAAAAGGUCUCCAAAAUCCUUGAUAGCAAAAAAGAAGAAAUCGAGAAAGUGACAAAAAGUUUAUCAGAAAAUAUCCAUGAUAAAGAAAUAAUGAAAAAACAUCACGAACAAAUCAUUAUCAAAAUCCGGCGAGAAUAUGACGAAAGAAUUAGUCAGCUCAUCGAAGAGCUGGAAAUGAAAUCGUCAUUAGAUACUUCUGAAAUGUCAGAAACACGAAUAAGUGAACUAGAAAGCAAAGAAAAAGAAGGCCAAUUAGCUUACUCAAAGCUUAAAAAAGAAUAUGAUACAUUACUUGUAAAAUAUACAAAAUUAAAAGCCACAUUUUUAGAACUCAAAGAAAAUGCUGAAACCAAGCUUCAAGAUGAAAUGAAAUUGAGGCCGAGGUCUUCUACAAAUACAAUCACUUCUUUAGCAAGAGCUCGUGAGCAAGCAAAAAUGAAGAAAGAUACCCCGUUGGAAAUUGAAGAAGAAUUUAAAAGGCCCAGGCAAAGUUUCCAUGGCGGAUCACUGCUAAAAGCAAAAUUCUCCAGAACUUUCACUGAAAACUUUACUGAUGAGUCUGUUUGGAAAAGAUUGCAAAAAUCAAACUCUCAAAGAGUAGGUCUAGCGAAUCAGCCAGAAAUAUCAAGCAACUUAUUUAGCCUAUCGCAGAAAUGGAGUUGCCUUCGUAGUAUUGAUGCUCAUACAGGUGCGGUAUGUGGGAUGACAGCUCAUGAAAAUAUUUUAUACACAGCUUCAAAUAAAACUUUCAAAAUAUGAUCACUAGACACCUUUGGCGUCAUAAAAGAAGUAUUAGCUCAUCCAUCUUUUAUUAAAUCUAUUGCAUAUUCAUCUGAGAAAAACCUGAUUUUUUCAGGGUGUAAUAAAGAAAUCGGAGUUUGGGACUCUGUUUCAUUACAAAAUGUUUCAUUAUUAAAAGGUCACAAUGAAGAAUUAAAAUGCUUGCAAGUUAAAGAUAAUUAUCUUUAUAGUGCUGGCAAGUCAUCUAAUUCCAGUGGAAGCAUCUUUAUAUGGGAUCUGAGAAGAUAUAAUACUCCUAUACAGGAGAAAGAAAACAAUCAAGAUAUUUUCCAGAUUUUGGUAAAGGAAAAUAUUUUAUACUAUGGAAGCAGAAACCAUCGAGUUGGCAGGAUCAAUUUGAAGACUUAUGACUCAAUGAGAACUUAUGAGCCUCCACAUUUUGAUGCAGUGACAAGCUUGGCUAUUUAUAAUAAUACAAUAAUAUCUGGAUCCAGAGAUAAAAAUAUGAGAAGAUGGGAUCUUAUUGGUGAAAGUCCAUAUCCAACUAUUCUCUCAGCCCAUACCGACUGGAUUAACUGUCUUGCGACAGAGCCAAAUGAGAAAUUUAUAUAUAGUGCUGGAAAAGAAGGAAAAAUCCGUGUAUGGAAAGGUGGAAGAAAUUUGCGAUGCGUAGGAGAAAUGGCUGGUCAUGUGUCUUCAAUUAACUGUAUGACGCCAAUCAGAGGUUUUGAGACUGAGCUAGUUAGUGGUGGCACUGAUAAGACUAUCAAAAUAUGGAGAUUAACUGAAGAAGAUUUAGAAUCUGACCACUCGAGUGAUGAUGGGAUAUAUUUAAAAGUCCCAGAAAUAUAUACUUAAUUAAAGCAAAUAAGCAUUAUUUAAUUUAAAAAAAUUAAAAAUUAACUUAUAUGUCAAAAAUAUAUUCUUAA